AUGUCUGCUGAGCAAAAGUUGGUCCUGAUCACAGGGGCAAACCAGGGCAUCGGAUUCGAGACGGCCAAGAACCUGAUCCUCUCCGACAACUACCAUGUCAUUUUAGGCUCGCGAGACCCAGUCAAGGGUGAAGAGGCGGCCAAGACCUUGCAGGCUGUCCCCGGUAUCAAGGGCAGUGUCUCGUCAAUUCAAAUCGACGUAACUGACGAUCAGUCUGUGGAUGCUGCUGCUGCCGAGAUCAAAGCUCAGUAUGGACGACUUGACAUCCUAGUCAACAAUGCUGCCAUGAGCUCGAUGAAGCAUCCGCCAAGUCGAGAGGCUAUGCGCCAGAUCCUGGAUGUGAACGUGGUCGGAGCACUUAGCACGACAGAAGCAUUUCUCGACCUGCUUCGGAAUUCAUCUGAGAAACGUCUUGUAUUUGUAUCUUCGAGUACAGGCUCCAUUAGUCGUGCGGCAGACCCGUCAUCUCCCUUUCACAUAGCCAGUGCUACGGAGUAUCGGGCCAGCAAGGCUGCACUGAACAUGAUGAUGGUCUUGUACAUGUGUCGCCUCAAAGAUGAAGGUUUCAAAGUGUUUGGAGCCGAUCCAGGGCUGUGUGCCACGAAUCUCACCGGUGACCCUGAAUCACUGCGACGACGUAAUGCUGCAGAACCAUCUGAUGGAGGAGAGAGGGUGGCGACGGUGGUGAAAGGGGAGCGGGAUGAUGAUGUUGGAAAGGUGCUGGGAGUAUAUGGAGUAUCACCCUUCUGAGUAGUCUUUCAAUUUGUAUCACUCGAGAGUGUAUAUUAGUCUGUAUAUUG